CUCUCUCUCUCUCUCUCUCUCUCAAACAGUUACUUACAAUGCUUCGCACGCUCUGCCUCAUCCCAACUCCCUCCUCCUCCUCCUCCUCCUCCUCUCUCACCACCUCAAAUCCCCAUCCUCCCUCACACUUCAUCAAGUUCCGUACAUCCUACCGCGAAACCCUCCGCUAUCUCAAAACGCUGCGUAUCAUCUCCCCCGAAACCAACCCCAAAAAGCUCCCCCUCCCCGACGCCACAGACCAAAUCCUCUCCACCGUAAAUUUCCUCAAGUCCAAGGGCUUUUCCGACCCCGACUUCCCUAGGCUCGCCUUCCUCUCCCCCAAGCUCUUCUCCCCAACCCUCGACCCCACCGACAUCGCCCCCGUCUUCGACUUCCUAGCUGCCGAGCUCCCCGCAGACCCCUCGUCCUCCUGCGGCCUCAUCCUCCGCUGCCCGGACCUCCUCUUCUCCGACGUCGAGUUCUGCCUCCGCCCCACGCUGCAUUAUCUCAAACAGUUGGGGCUCGAGAAGCUCGGGGCUCCGACGAAUUUGAAUGCACAUUUGUUGAACACGAGGGUGGAGAAGCUCAAGAGGAAGAUGAGGUUCCUGAGGAGUUUGGCGCUUUCGUACGAGGAGGCAGCGAAUGUGUGUGUGAGGCUGCCUGCGAUUUUCGGGUACAGCGUGGAGAAUAACUUGCGGCCCAAGUAUGAGUACUUGGUGAAGGAGAUGGGGAGGAGUGUGGAGGAGUUGAAGAAGUUUCCUCAGUAUUUUGGGUUUAGUUUGGAGAAGAGAAUAGUGCCAAGGCAUUUGCAUUUGAAGGAGAGGAAUGUUGAGAUUCCGUUGAAUAGGAUGUUGUUGUGGAGUGACCAAAAGUUCUAUGCCAAGUGGAAAUAAUAAUCAAACAAUCAAAAUGUUAGGAGACCACACGUGUAUAAAUGUGAUCUCCUUAGCAUUAGUGUAUCUAAAUAGGUGCACAGGAGUCCGUUUGCACCCAUGUUAGAUUAA